AUGGCCACAAAAGCAGCCUUCAAGCGGCUCACUCGUGAAUACCAAAACAUUCAGAAGGACCCCACACCGUUUAUUGUCACUCAUCCCUCCGAGCAGAACAUCCUUGAAUGGCAUUAUGUCCUUACCGGACCUCCGGGGACCCCUUAUGAGAAUGGACAAUACUGGGGCACAUUAAUAUUCCCUCCCGAGUACCCAUUUGCCCCUCCCGCUAUCCGCAUGCACACACCCAGCGGCCGAUUCCAGCCGUCCACUCGACUAUGUCUCAGUAUCAGCGACUUCCACCCGAAAUCCUUUAACCCCGCCUGGGAAGUCUCGACCAUUCUCAUCGGGCUACUAUCUUUCAUGACCAGCGAAGAAAUGACCACAGGAAGUGUUUCUGCCUCGGAGAGCGAACGGAGAGUGCUUGCAGCGCGAUCUCGGUGGUGGAAUUCAACGGGAGGUGGAUCUCACAUCAGCGCCACCGCUGGUGUCACUCGAACCUCCAAGGGAAUCAACAAUGUCAAAGCAGGAGACGGCGGUUUAAAGUUCCGCACAGAAUGGCCCGAACUGGAUCAAGAGAACUGGGCUUGGAUGAAAGAGCAUCGCAUUGACAGCGGCACCGGUCAGAUCUUACCCGACCCUGAUGCGCCCACCAAAUGUUCGCCUGAUACAAGUGCCCUACGCAGACGACCUAACGGAAGUGCUCCCGCAUUUGGUGGCGUUAUGGAAGGUGGGAAUGUUGCGCGAGAGGCAGGUCAAGGCUGGGUUCGACAACACCGAGUUUGGAUCGGCAUGGCCCUCUUCUUUGGCUAUGCCCUGAUCUCGCGAUUACUGAGUGACAUGGCUUGA